AAAUAAUCCAACCAAGUCGUAUGAAGAGAUUGGUAGGAAAUUCGGCAUUGGCAAAUCAACUGUAGGAGACAUUAUUAAAGAAAAAGAGAAAUGGCUUGCCAUUACCGAAAGCUCAAUAAAUGCCAAUAAAAAACGUAAUCGUGGGGGUGAAUGGCCACAGGUAGAAGAAGCGUUGGCAAUUUGGGUAAAUCUUGCCAAUGAGGCUAAUCAGUCAGUAACCGGGCUGGGUUGCAAUUUCAAAAAACGAAACAAUAUUAAAGAAUAUUAUAAAUUAGGAGAAGCCGCGAGUGUGCCGAUUAAUGAAUUACCUAUGUUUAGAACUGAACUUCGAUCGAUUAUUUCACAGUAUGAUUUGGAAGACGUGUAUAAUGCCGACGAAACGG